AUGAGUUCCCACCAGCAGAAGCAACCAUGCACUGCACCCCCUCAGCUGCAACAGCAUCAGGUGAAACAGCCUUGCCAGCCACCACCCUCGGAACCAUGUGCCCCCAAAACCAAGGAGCCUUGCAACCCCAAUGUUCCUGAGCCCUGCAACCCCAAGGUUCCAGAGCCCUGCCAUCCUAAGGCUCCAGAGCCCUGCCAGCCUAAGGUGCCUGAGCCCAGCCAGCCCAAGGUGCCUGAGCCUUGCCAGCCCAAGGCACCUGAGCCCUGCCAGCCCAAGGCGCCUGAGCCCUGCCACCACAAGGCACCUGAGCCUUGCCACCCCAAGGCACCUGAGCCUUGCCACCCUGUUGUUCCUGAGCCAUGCCCCUCAAAUGUCACUCCAGAACCAUAUCAACAGAAGACAAAACAGAAGUAA